CGGGGGUCCAGGUUGCAGCAGUAACCUCUUAUGGCAAGUUCUUCUGUUUUAUUUUCUCGGAAUGUUGAGGUGGGGGCUUCAUUUAAUCGCGUUCUUUAUCUCUGUUGGACAUCAAAUGUUUCUGAGACGUGACAGCAGUGUAGAUCGUCUAUAGCUUCUUGUUCCAGUAGAAUUAGCCAACGCAAAUAUUGUCUUUUACUUCCACAUCGCGCUGAUCCAUGUCGAGCGCGUUUCUUUCUGGGAAUUAACAUCUCGUCCCGCUGAAGAGCACAUCUGAGUCUUGUCCACAUGGAUAUGUAUUCCUCUAAACUAUCACCUGCUGUGGAUUAUGGAGUUGGUGCGUUCCUGCUGCUCAUCGCAAUUCUUUCCAUUGUGGGGAAUUUGAUGGUUCUUGUGAUGGCAUACAAGCGGUCAAACCACAUGAAGCCCCCUGAGUAUUUGAGUGUAAAUCUUGCUGUGACAGAUCUGGGAGCAGCCGUCACCAUGUACCCACUGGCUAUAGCUUCAGCUUGGAACCACCAUUGGAUAGGAGGAGACGUCACCUGUGUGUACUACGGCCUGAUGGGAUUUUUCUUUGGAGCUGCUAGCAUGAUGACCCUGACAGUUAUGGCUAUUGUUCGAUUCAUUGUGUCCUUAACGCUCCAGUCACCCAAAGAGAAAAUCAGCAAAAGGAAUGCAAAGAUCCUUGUGGCGACCACAUGGCUGUAUGCACUGCUCUGGGCUAUUUUACCUUUGACUGGCUGGGGAAAAUAUGGCCCGGAGCCCUUUGGCCUGUCCUGUACUCUGGCAUGGAGAGACAUGAAGGAACAGAGCCAGUCUUUUGUCAUCACCAUCUUCUUCAUGAACCUCAUCCUCCCAGCCAUCAUCAUCAUUUCAUGCUACUCUGCUAUUGCUCUGAAACUAUACAUUACCUACAAGUCUAUGGACGACAGCAACCACAUCUCCAACAUGAUAAAGAUGCAGCGGCGGCUCAUGGUGAUCGCUGUGUUGAUCAGCAUUGGGUUUGUCGGCUGCUGGAUGCCGUACGGCAUCAUCAGCCUGUGGUCCAUCUACCGGCCUGGUGACUUGAUUCCUCCUGAGGUCAGCAUGUUACCUUGUCUGUUCGCCAAGUCAUCCACUGUAUACAACCCGUUCAUCUACUAUAUCCUCAGCAAGUCCUUUAAACAAGAAGUCAACCAGUUGGGCCGCCUCUGCGGGAGAUCCAACAUCUGCCAUACCUCUGAUGCCAAAAUUGGACCAGAGAAUACCAUCUUCCUAGUGUGUGAUGCAAACAAGUCCAAAGCUGGAGCAGAGGAACAAUCAAUAGAGAAGAGCAGGGAGAAUGAGACUCAACUGAUCAGUAGGACCUGUGAUUUGCACUCUUAAGAGUGAAUGGGAACAGAACACUGAAAGUGGUAUCUUCUGUGCUUUUCUUGCCCGGCUGAAGGCACACUGAGUGGUCCAUGGACUCUUGAAUGAACUUUUGUUUCUUCUUUCAUUCCACAAGCUUCAAUGCCACUCCAUAUCAUCACAUUGUAUGCAUAGUGCAGUGCUGUGUGUCAUUAUUAGUGAUGUGUUUAGGUGUUAUCUUUCAUUAUAAAAAAAGGGCAUUACGCUUACAAUUCUAAUACUACACUCAAACAAAAUCUUAUUUAAAAGAUCACCCCAAAAA